AUGUCCACUCCUAAAAACCCUUCACCACCCAAAACUCGAGCUCGAACACCAGAAGCUUCAUCAUCAUCAUUCGACGAAUUCGACGACUUCAUAGACAUAGAGUUGAUUACGAGCCCGAAAAAUACCAAACCCGAAUUCGAGUUCCAAACGGGCCUCGACCCGUCCGCUUUCCCGGCCGACGACCUCUUCUACAACGGCAAGCUCCUCCCCCUCCUCCUCCCCUCCCGCCGCCAAAUGCUCCACCACCUCUCCUCCUCCUCCGGCGGCGGCGGCGGUGGGGCCCACCACCACCACUCGGCCCCACCAACCGACACCCUCAAUACCCCAACCGAGUCGUGCCGAGUCAGCUGCGAACUCAACCCGGACGACUACUUUUUCCACUGGUCCACAGACCUCAACAACAACAACAGCAACAACAAAAACAGCAACAACAAAAACGUUAAUAAUGUUAAUUAUAAUUACUACUCUAAAUCGAGCCGGAAAAACCUCGUGUGGCCGAAAAAGCUCGGCCGGAAGCUAAAAUCCUAUUUGAAGCCGAUCUUCGCCAUCCGAUCGGCCGACGACGAGAAUUCUUCUCGGGAAAUCGCGAAAACAACAACACCCACAACAAUAGCUUCUAUAAUGAAGGGCAACGAAAUUAAAGAUGGGGUUCAAGAGGAGGAUCAUCAUAGGAGGUCGUUUUCGAAGGCGAUUAAACGGCAUUCGCCGGUUAAGUGUUUGUCUUCUUCGUCUUCGUCCUCUGCAUCUUCUUCAUCUUCGUCGUUUGUUUCGAAUAAUUCGAACGGUUCAAACGGGCUCGGGAGGAGUAGCAGCGCGACCGAGAUCGAGGGCUCGAUUGAGGCAGCCAUUGCUCAUUGCAAGAGGACUUUCGAAGGUUUCGGUUCUGGUAAAUCGAGUAAUGAGACAGGGGUUCUUGCAUUCUCUGUUUCAAAGGAUGAUGUUGAAGGUUGUAAGAGAACAGGUGUUUGUAGCAUUUGA